AGCUGUAAAGAACUACAGGAACUGGAGGACAUCAUGGGCUUUGAGACGAGGUGAAGAGUGGCCCGACAACGUGCAGUUUGAAAACACAGAUCUCUGCACAGCCUCCUCCAUCCUCACUGGUCGGGGCUUUCACUCGAUGAUGAUGUUGGACCAAGCUUCAGAAGUAUUCCCUACAUCGCCAGACCUCAUCCUGAACAGCUUAAUCACACUGCAUUCCUGGUGAAACUAAGGAAAUUUGAACGUUAAAACAAACCCUGGACACCACUGAUUAUUCACAUUACCCAACAUUUAAAAAAUAAACUGAGGCCAUAAUGUUCA